AUGAGUUGGGUGGGUAAAAGUUUGAUAGCGCGGUUAGAUAUAUUGUCGGAACCGGGAGUUUUGCGAGGACUUAGGCCUUUAAUCAGACUAAAACCAAGAUCAAGUAAAAGAAGUUGGGUGAAAAUAAUUAAAGCGAAAUUAUUUCUAAAUUAUACAAAAAUGGCAAAAGCAUCUGUUGUGUUAAGUUUUCAUGAUAUAUUGCUUCAUCGGUCUGAUAUAGAAUUACUGGAAGGUCCGCAUUGGUUGAAUGAUACGAUAAUAUCAUUUUACUUUGAAUAUCUCGAAAAAGUUGUGUUCAGUAAAGAGAGUGAUCUAUUAUUUGUGUCUCCAGAGGUAACACAAUGUAUAAAAAUGGUUCAAACAGAAGAAAUAAAGACUUUUCUAGAACCGCUUCAUGUGAACUUGAAGAAGUUUGUGUUCUUUGCCUUGAAUGACAAUAAUACUCCAGAUAUGGCAGGUGGCUCCCAUUGGAGCCUACUUGUUUAUUCAAGGCCAGAGAACUGCUUCUUCCAUUUAGAUUCUUCACAAGCAACAAAUCAUGAUGUUGCUUGGGAAUUUGCAAGCCAUAUAAUGUCAUAUCUUGCCAAAGGGGGUUCCAUUAACUUUGUCGACAAGGAAUGCAUUCAGCAAAGUAACGGCUAUGACUGUGGAAUUCAUGUAAUAAUCAAUGCAGAGAGGCUUGCUGAAUACUCUUGUAUCCAUAGAAAUAUGGGUAGUUGCAAUAUGUUAACCAAAAUUAAUCCUAAUGCUAAAAGGAAAGAAAUCAAAAAAAUAAUACAAAACCUAUCUCACUAAUUUAUUAUUUCUUGUUGUUGUUGUUUACAUUUAACCUAUUUUAAUUUUAUUUAAAGUUCUUUUUAAUUUUUUGAUGUUGUAAGUUUUGAUUAUGCUAACGUAAUCAAAACUAGAAGCACAAAUGCUUCCUAUUUAAAAAUCUAAAUAUUCUAAAUCUAAAUUCUUAUUUAAAUAAAGAAAUUAUUUUGUGAAUAAAUUUGAAAAGCGCUUCCAAUUUGCCUAAAAAUAAUUUUGGCUUAUUACUGAAUCUAUAACAACACUUUGGAAAACAUCCAUCUACACAUGAGCAAACCAAAUGGUAUUGCACUUAAUAUAAAGGUGCAAAAUAUUAAAUUACACAGCAUAGUCUCUGAAAGGGUUUUAGAGUAAAUGACAUCUUGCAUAGAGCUGGUGAAAUUGCUCAGUAAACUGACAGUCAAGAAUUUUUGUAACUAGUACAAAUAUAUGCAAACUUAUCUUGAACAUAUAGUUAGUGAAAUUCAGGUAUCUGUCAAAUAUCUUGUGUUUUAUGAUAGCUACCGAUACAAAAGGGUAACCCCAUUAACCAGGUUUUUUGAACUGAAAACACUUAAAAGAGAUCACUAGAAUAAAACACUUUUAAAUUACUUGUAUAUUGUGAUAUUGCUUAUAAUUAAAAUAUAAAAUAAAUAUGAAAAAAAUUCUAGAAAACCUCCAUAAAAACACUUCAACAUUUAAUCGAAAUUGUCUCUUGUUAGAGGAUGAUGUCUUGAGUUUAAACAUAUUAAAUCAGGUGAUGUUACCAUGUGUUAAAAAAAUGAAAUAAUUCGUCUAGAAAAUCAAAUCCCUAAAUUUUCUAUUUAUACCAAAGUUAAAUCUACAUAGACAUGUUAGUCUGGGAAUGAAUCUGGACAAAAUUAAGGUUAUGUU